CCCAAAUUUGUAUCUUUGCCUUGUUCUCUAUCUCGUAACCAGAUACCUGCAAUUUGCGAUACACCAACGACUACCAGGAUAAACCACGGGAUCCCGACGAUGACGGAAUGUCUCGAUAAUGAGGCUCCAAUGCGGAUGGAUUCUCAGGAUGACUCCGUUCCGGAGGGCUCGGUACCCCUUCAUCGGCUUUGUGAUCGGUGUCGCCAGAUGUUCGAUACGUGGGAUAAAACGUGCGAAUGGUUUGGGGGAACAAUGGGACUGGAACCGUCUCGCGGAUAUGAGAGAUAUGAGUUGUGCACCCUGACGGAAAUGAUGAACUCUCGACAGUCUUGUCAUCUGUGCGAGAUGUUAUACUCGCAGAUCAAACAAGAUGAUGGCAUACCGUUACAUAAGCCUAUAGUGUGCCAAAUUGGUCCUUCAUUCCGCGGGACUCUACAUAUCUCGACACGGGGGAUAUCCUUACUACUGGACGGUUAUGUUAUUAGCUCUGAUUGUAUAUCCGUAAAUAGGGAUACUGGGGAACCAAGGAAACCCAUAGGGUUCCCGUCCAUAGCAAAGCAUAUCCCACGUCUGCCGACUGACAACUUAGUUCAAGUACAGAAAUGGUUACAAACUUGUCGUGCACAUCAUGGCAGAUGUAACAAUUGGUUCCCAAGAUUGGAUACGAAAGGACGUCGACCAACACGAAUACUUGAGCUCUACGAAAACGGUGUUCGACUUCGGUGCGAUCCAGAAGUCAUAGACAAUUUCGAAUACCUGGCGCUCAGUCACAUGUGGGGCGAAGAUCCUUCGACACAACUCCUUCUAACAGCUACAACACUACAGGAGUUUCAAGAGGCCAUACCUAUGAACAAGCUGUCAAGUAUAUUCACUGAGGCGAUCCGAAUAACGCGUAGCCUAGGGUUUUCGUACCUCUGGUUGGACUCGCUUUGCAUCAUACAGGGCUCCGCAAGUGACUGGACGAACGAAGCGAACAUGAUGUCUGCAGUCUAUAACAACGCUGUUUGUACGAUUGCGUUUCUGUUUCCACCGGAUGUCGGCUUUUGUCGGGCUAGAGACGAUCCACGAGCAUCAACACCAUGUGUUGUCCGACGGCAUAUAAGAGAUAUCUGGAUUUUUCCCAAAGAGGAAAAUCCAUCAAGGUGUGCGUCCAUCAACUGGCCCUUAUCUUCAAGGGCUUGGGUGCUACAGGAACAAUUAUUGAGUCCUCGUACGAUUCUCUAUGGCCACCGUACCAUUAUGUGGGAAUGCGGGAACAGCUUUUGGGACGAGCUGGGCUUGGAAUUGACUCACAACAGCGACCGCGACCGCACGAUACUAGGCCCGGUGGCUUUGAAACCAACAUUACGUAUGAACCGCUACAAUUUGAGCCAUACAUCAGAAUCAAUAAGAGCAGGAUUAGGGGCUUACUGCCCCUUUGUUGAUUGGGCAAGACUGAUAAGAGAGUAUAGGAGAAGAGAACUCUCCCGUGCAAGCGAUCGAAUUAUGGCUAUCGUCGGAACAGCACGAGCUUUCCAGUCCGAAUAUGGAUUCACGUAUCUCGCGGGAAUGUGGAGGGAACAUUUACCACGAUCUCUACUAUGGUAUAUUGAGACUGCGAAUGUGCGGAAGAUGGCUAAGCCUUUCUUGAUUCAGGAACUACCAUCAAACCCCGUACCCACAUGGUCAUGGCUCGCCGGACCUAUCUACAAGCAUUGCGGUGUUGUCGUUCCUGGAGGAAGUAGUGAAAUUUGGGAUCCGCAACUAUUCGUGGCAAAAUUCCUGCACUUCAAAUGGUCGAAUAGGCCCGUCAAUCACGCCCCUCCAACAGCUUACUAUGACUUCGACAGCUUGCAAAUUACACUAGAACUGGCAACACAUAUGACCACGAUCCUGCUUCAGGAGCCACAUGGCGAACACGACUGUCAUCGACUUCGCUACGACAGUCUAGAAAAAGAGUUAGCUUGUUGUCUUGGGCUUGGCAGAGAACAUCUGGCAGCCUUUUAUCAUUGCGAUGAUCUCGAAACAUUGUAUCAACCUCCGACCGAAGUACGCAUAGCUCUGAUUGCUGAAGAAGUGGAUCUUAACUUUCGUCACGAUUUACAAGGACUGGCAUUGGCACCCGGGGUUGAAAGCGGUACAUGGAAGCGCUUAGGCUACUGGAAAGCGUGGGUUGAUCCAGGCGAUGACAUAUGGGGAACGAAGUCAGUGUUUUUACGUCUAGAAGGGGUGAAAAUUGAGACCCUUACUCUUGUUUAAAUCAUGCCCGCAUUAUGUAUCUCGAGGGAGGGGAUAUCAAGGUAGCGAUGUGCAAAUCAACAAUUCAAACGAGAUUCCCUGCGUGAAGUACGCUAUGAAGUUCGGUUUGGGUUCAAACAGACGCUGUAUUGGUAGUGAACGGAAUGGAACAUCUCUACUCAGGUAGCUGGCUUAUCGGAGGAACCACGGACCUGGGAAGCUCGUUUGUUCAAAGUUGCGCCGUACAUAUCUAGGGUUGAACUCC